CCGACCGGUUUUCAAACGCGUUGCAUUUGAGUGGCAGCGCCGUUAAUGCGACCAAGGCUGGAGGGUAGAACGGGUAGCUACUCCUGGACGGCGAACGACGGUACCACUAGUAGGAAGUAGGAACUGAAGCCUGAAGAGGUUAGCGUCACGCACAGCAAUGGAGGUUUAAUUGCUUGCGCUCCUUGGGUCUUUAAUGGCCACCGCCUCCACCCGCCCCCGCUCCCACGCGUACGGCACUAUAGCGCCCUAGGUUUCGCAUCGUACCCAGGUCGUAGGAGUGGCGGCAGCGCGCGAGGCGGAGCUUCCUCUUGGUCGUCUUCUCCGGCGGCGGGUCGGGCCGGGCGCUCCUCGUCUUCUCUUCUCGGCAUCGCUGGAGAGGAGGUGAUGGCUAGCUCUAUCAAGCAGCAGCAACUGCUGUUGCAGCAGAGGAAGGGAAAGGCCGUGGCUGACAAGGGCGCACCGGCUGCUGCUGCUGCUGAGGAGAAGGUGGUGGUGGCGGUGCGUGCUGCCAUUAGGGAGAUCUCCAAGACAGCCAUCGUCUGGGCUUUGACGCACGUCGUGCAGCCCGGCGGCAGCAUCAUACUCCUCGUUGUCAUCCCGGCACAGAGCUCUGGCAGGAAGUUCUGGGGCUUUCCUCUAUUUGCGGGAGAUUGCGCAAGUGGCCAUAAGACCAUGUUGGAUCAGAAGUCAGAUGUCUCAGAGCUGUGUUCCCAAAUGAUGCUCAAACUUCAUGAUGUUUAUGAUGCAAGCAAGAUAAAUGUUAAGGUUAAGGUUGUUUCUGGAUCUCCUCCUGGUGUCGUAGCUGCUGAAUCUAAGCGAGCACAAGCAAGCUGGGUUGUGCUAGAUAAGGAGUUGAAGCAUGAAGAGAAGCGUUGCAUGGAAGAGUUACAGUGCAACAUUGUUGUCAUGAAGCGUUCUCAGCCUAAAGUUCUCCGUCUGAAUCUUAUGGGAUCUCCCGAUAAAGAGUCCAAAGGAUCCUGUUCACUUCCAGCAGUGUUGGAUAGUUCUGUUGGUAAAACAGCAACUGAUGUAAAGGAGCCGCGGAGUUCAGUUCGAGGACCAGCUGUAACACCAAAUAGCAGCCCAGACUUAGAGACGCCUUUUGGAAGUACCGAAGCGGGAACAUCCUCAGUCUCAAGUUCAGAUCCAGGGACUUCUCCAUUUUGUGCUUCUGAAACAACUGUUUCUCUAAAGAAAGAGGUACAAGCAACAAAGGAUAAGAUCCAGCAUUCGGAUGUCAAUAUUUCUGAUACCGACAGUGAAAUAUUGAGUCCCUCAGCAACCUUCUCGCUUCAGCAAUGGAUGGUCGAAAUUCUACAGGGAUCUGCAUCCUCAAAACCGCCACGAAAAACUCGCACCCCAACUGCAGAUACUUUGCUUGAGAAGAUCUCCAAGUUAGAUCUUUUGCAUGAAAUAAGUUCUAUGAGAAGCAGAUCAGACUUAAACUUUAGAGGAAAUGUCAGGGACGCUGUCUCGUUAGCAAGGAGCGCACCUCCUGGGCCGCCUCCAUUGUGUUCGAUAUGUCAGCACAAGGCUCCUGUGUUUGGGAAACCUCCUCGGUGGUUUAGUUACGCUGAACUUGAACUUGCAACGGGUGGUUUCUCCCAGGCAAAUUUCCUGGCUGAAGGUGGAUUUGGAUCUGUUCAUCGAGGCGUCCUUCCUGAUGGUCAGGCAAUUGCUGUCAAGCAACAUAAGCUUGCUAGUUCCCAGGGUGAUGUUGAAUUUUGCUCAGAGGUGGAAGUUCUGAGUUGUGCACAACACCGUAAUGUUGUAAUGCUCAUUGGUUUUUGUGUUGAGGAAAGGAGGCGUUUACUGGUUUAUGAGUACAUCUGCAAUGGAUCCUUGGACUCACAUCUUUAUGGUCGCAAUAAUAAAGACACACUGGAAUGGGCAGCUAGACAAAAGAUUGCUGUUGGUGCUGCUCGAGGGUUGCGGUAUCUACACGAGGAAUGUAGAGUUGGCUGCAUUAUCCAUCGGGACAUGAGACCAAACAACAUCCUUGUCACACAUGAUUUUGAACCUCUGGUUGGAGAUUUUGGUCUAGCACGAUGGCAACCCGAUGGAGACAUGGGUGUUGAAACAAGAGUCAUCGGCACAUUUGGUUAUCUGGCACCAGAGUAUGCGCAGAGUGGACAAAUAACAGAGAAGGCUGAUGUAUACAGUUUUGGUGUCGUGUUGGUAGAACUUGUCACUGGGCGCAAGGCUGUUGACAUUAGCCGACCUAAGGGCCAACAGUUUCUAACUGAAUGGGCACGCCAUCUCUUGGAGGAUAAUGCAGUCGACGAGCUCAUAGACCCAUGCUUGGGGGACCGAUACAGCGAAAAUGAGGUCCGUUGCAUGUUGCAUGCCGCAAACCUGUGCAUACGACGUGAUCCUCAUUCAAGGCCUCGCAUGUCUCAUGUUCUUCGCUUGCUCGAGGGCGACAUGGUUGUCGAUUCCGUCUCCGUUUCGGCCCCAAGUAGCGAUUCUGCGAGCAGGAGCUGGCGAAAGGCAAAUGAUCAACAGCAUUAUCAGGACUACAGCAGCCCAGCCCGGCAAGAUUCGCAGCGAGUGGUUGGAAGGAAACAACAAUCUUAUGACGCUUUGAGGGCUGCCUGGGACCGAGACAAGAAGAGCAUCUCUAACCGAUAUUAAUGCUCUUCCCUUCCCUUAGCAACUCAAUUAUGUAUUAUUCCCUCGCCCUCUGCUUUUGAGUAAUCGUAGACCCAAAGCUUUUGCUGCUACCUUGUCCUGGUGUAUAGUAGGAAUGUCAAUAGGUUUACAAGUAUAUUGAGCUCUGAGUUAGCUCUUCUUUUGUGUAUCAGCCGACGAAAUGUGACCUGAAAUGACAUUUAGUUGUGCGAAGAUCUCAGUUGUGAUAACUA